AUGCUUGGACACUGCUUUUAUGACUUUAAGGUGGCCUUGUCCUUGCUACAUAUUUUGCUGCUGUCACCUUGCUUGUUCUCUCUCAUAUCUUGUCUCGUGUUCACUGUAUUCAUUGGUGUGUAUUUUACAGGAAAUGGAGGGGCAGUCAAUCGAGCUUUGCCCAAGCAAGAGUUUCCAUUUUACAGCGUCCCUUCUCUCGACUACUUCCUGACUGGUGCCAACAGCGAGCAGUCCUUGUCAUCAUCGACAGGCCUGAAUUCCACACCUGUCACAGAUGUCAUAGUCGCAAGCACACUGCAGUCGUCAAUGGCACUGGCACAGCCACCAAAGGAAUUUGCCUGCACCAUCUGUGGCCGCAAGUUCAGCCUCAAGUGCAAUCUGAACCGGCACAAUCUGGUGCACACAGGCGUGCGCAACUACGGCUGCGAGGUGUGCGGACAGCGAUUUGUGUUGCGACAGCACCUCAAGAAGCACCUCACGAGGCACGCCAAGGAGUGCUCGUGAGCACCUUUUUGCCUGCCCUCUCGCGUAGUGCUUCACAGUCGGGCCACGCCUUUGCGCUCCUCUGCACUUCUUUGCUUUCAAACUGCCCUCAAAAUGUCUUGGCGCACAGGAGGUCUUUCUUCAUUUGCAGCUGUCCUACAUUCACUAUCUGGGACAUUUUGAUUAACUGCAUGGUGUGCUACAGCCACCAACACUGAGAUGUAAUGCCAGUGUGUACUGCCUGAUGGAUGAGAAACUACAUUAAAUCAACUGUCAGGUCCUUUUUCUCAUCUUUCCACUGAACUGCUGUCACCUUUUCUGGUGGUACGGUGUAGACCGCUUAUAAUGUAAGUCGCCGGAGUUGCGAAUAUCCGCACUAUAAGCGGUACCGCACUAUAACCAAAACAACGAUUUUAUUGAGAUAGCAAUUAUAUGGACAUCCAGGCGCAUUUCUGCCGUUGCCGUUGCUAUUGCCUUGAGGUUUUGUAUAAAGUCCGAGGGCGAUAAAAUCGUCACCGUGCGCAGUAUGCUCCAUGUGCGAGUGAACGUGUCCGAGGGUGAGCCGAUGAUCGCGGCUCAAACUCGCGCACGCAAGGCUCCGGGGGGGGGAGGCUCUACUCCUGGCGGCCGAGCGCGCCAACCGGUAUCUUGAAAGCCAACUGAGACAGAGGCACAGUCCGCUGUGCACUGUGUUCUCGCGGCUCAAUUCCCGUUGAUGCGAGACUCAGCACGAUGGUCAAUUUGCUCGCUGCUGCUGCCGCGCUUCUUCACUCCAACGUUUUGAGAAUGAAUUUCCGCGGUCAUCAAGUGAGAUGUCUUCAUGUUUGCUUGUGCACGCGUGACACCUUGCUUGAUAAUGCGCAGAGAGUCACUGCAGUGGACGCGCUUUCGCGUGCAGUGAAAAAUAGGAAUGGAGCUAUUCAUGCGCCAACAACGUUGGAACGUGCCGAACGGUGCCAGACACGCCGGUUGCGUCGUGUCGUUGAAGUACAGACGCCACUGUGACGUCGCAGAGCACGACGCGCGCACGUUACGUCGGAGUUUACUGCGGCUUUAGGGAAGCGUUUGCCGUGUUGGUUGACUUUUGAAUUUCCAGGCAGCCGCAUUAUAACCGUUAUUUCGUCUCUCGCAACUGCACAAUAAGCAAUGCACGUAACCAUAGAGUCCUAUGGGAAAAUGAACGGCAGUCUGAAAAGACCCUAUUA